AUGCUAACUACCUCAUUCACCAACCGACUUUACAAAUUUACCGAUGGUGAAUUCAUUUCUCCAUCGGUACCGAUGGAGAAUCUCUAUUUACCGAUGGUGAAUUGGCUUACCAUCGGUACCGACGGACAGUGUUUUGGAUGGCUACCUUAUGCCAACGCAAUAAUGCUAACUACCUCAUUCACCAACGGAUUUUACAAAUUUACCGAUGAUGAAUUCAUUUCUCCAUCGGUAUUGAUGGACAAUCUGUAUUUACCGAUGGUGAAUUGGCUUACCAUCGGUACCGGUGAACAUUCAUUAUUUACCGAUGGUAUAUUCAUUUUUCCAUCGGUACGGAUGGACACCGAUGGUAGAAAUCUUCUCACCAAACUAACCGUCGGUAUGCUUGCUACAGUAUUGGACAACCCUCCUCAAAAACAGGCUUUUCCUUCUUCACAUCAAAUCGUCUCGUCCGUUUCUGAGACCCUAGUGUGGUGGUUUAGGAAGGCAUUUAACUUGUUUAUUAUACAGUACAUGAAUGAUAAUAAUUCUAUUGUUCAUCGAAUAGAAAACAGCAUGUCAUCCUUUUCUUUUCUACAAUGUGUAGUAAUCGAUUUUUGUUUUGUCCUGUGGUCUAACGGCGUUGAAGAGCCACCAAUCUUAGCUCAUUAAGAAUGGCCUGCAUUGGUGUUUAAAUAUUUGGGUUUUCUACUUUCAGGAGCGUUUGUGUUGAAUUUUAACCCAACAACCAGUGUAUGGACGUCUCAAAGUACUUUAGCUUUCCUUGGUGAUGAACUUGAUUUAACAGAAGACAACAAAGAUAAUUGCAGGAACGCCUUCCAUGUCCAGUUUCUUCAUCAGGAUGAACCCAGAGGAAGGUAAGUUGAUGGAAACCUGUUAAAUACCGAAAUAUAUGUGAAGUAUCGUCUACUAGAUGGGAGUGCGUAGGUCAUGGCCGAUCAUUAAAGAGGUACAUUAACAGAGAUUUCGUUUAUCUCAUAUGAAACAGCUUUUAAAUUUUGCUAAGUUCACUGAGCUGUCUUCCAUUUCUUGGAUUAUUAUCGAUAUGCAUGCUCUGAUAUAUGCGGAAUCAGGCAAAUGUUUCACUCGAAUAGCGAAUUGUCACAAUGAGUCCAAAAUUAUACUUUGGCCACUAUUUCUAGUAACAAAUCGACAAACACCAUUUAAAGCAUGCAUGUACUGUUAAUGAGUGUUCCUGAAUUGACUAUCUUGGAGUAGUUUAUUUGGCAAAAUCCACUUUUUGCAUCACCAAAACUACCAUUAAUGAAAUCAAAAGAUAGUCCAGAUAUUACAUACAGUCCAUUGUUUUCACUUCCCAUAUUUCACUUUCCCAAAAAAGAAAGAACUCGAGGCUAAGGGACAACAGUUUUAUCGUAAGGAUUUGAAGGUCAUGUGCAGUAAUGAUGAUUAUUUUUUCCAACCACAUUACUCAGGACAAGUUUUCCUCUGACGUAUGGUGUUUUAGCUUUGUUAAUUUCAGAAAGCAAUCAAGCAGACGUAAUGAUGGAGUCGAGUGUGUUUUGUGUGAAAAAUUAAUUAACAAGUGCACGAAAAUGCAGCAUAUAAACACUUCCAAUGGACACAUUUUUUCAGCUAGUUUAACUUCCUAUAUUUGAUAUAUUUGUGUUUGACAGUGGUGUCAAGUAACGAAGUAAAUGUACUUCGUUACUGUACUUGAGUACUAUUUUUGAGAAGCCAGCAUAUAACAAAGUAAACUUUUUCCGGAGCACUUUUACUUGGAACGAAGUUGUUUUAAGAAGUAACGUUUUACUUCGUUAUUUUCAUUUUGUGGCGGAGUAUUUCGUUAUUUUCUAACUUUUGUUUAAUUUUACGUGAUUUAUUCCUGAUUUACUUUAAUUUUGGGAUAGGUAAUAGGACCUGAACAUGCGUUUGGGAUUUAUCGUUUAUGUCUGACUUAUAAGCUUUAUUUAUUUAAUGGAUUUUUUAUAUCUUCAAUGAGGUCUGGAUGGUAGGCCAUGUCGUGAAAUAUUGUAUAUUAGGUGCACGCAUAGAAUGCGUUUUGUUGUCCAAAAGACAAUAAUAAUUUUACUUUUACUUUUUACUUCAAGUAUUUUUUAUGAUACUUUGUACUUUUACUUAAAUACGUUUUGACUCGAGUACUUUUUACUCUUACUCAAGUCGUUUUAUUGUUAAUUAGGCUACUUCUAGUUUUACUCGAGUACAAAUUCAAAGUAAUUUAGCCACCACUGGUGUUUGGAAAUAUAUCAAAAUUUCUUAUUGCUGAUCUGUUCACAUCAAUCAAACAAUAAUUACUAGAACGUAUGAUUGUAAAUACAAAUAAUUUUGCAUCGAAGCGAAGCAGAGAUGAAUCAUAAUAUUAGAAACUUUAAUCUUUUUACUACCUUAACACCUUCUUGGUCAUGUUUAGUUUCCUGCUUAUACAAGUAACUGAUCCCGUUACAUAAAUCCCCUAUUUUCUUCGCAAAUAUUUUAUUAUUAAUUCGACCUGGUUAUUUCUUUUCAAGGUACGUGGGGAAAAGAUAUCGUAAUGGGCGACAUCACCAUCCUGCGAGAUAUAUGCAAGAUGUUGUUUGUCAAAUGAUGGCGGGCUACUAUGUCACAAAAUUUAACGAGGCAAUGCAAAAUUACAAACGAGAUAUUCAAGUGCAGUUCCUACCAGCCGCCCAUCUACAACUGCUAACUCCGUAUGGUGACAUGGAAGACUGCAUCAAUGUUGAGCCAUACCUACAUGGAGACUUCAUAAAGCUCACCAAUAAUUUGUCUUGGGCUUAUAUGGAACACGACGGUAACGAUUUGGCUACAGCAUUGUCUCACUUCUCCUAUUGCGAGUCAAAAGGAACAGUAAUGAUCGUAGAUAUCCAAGGCUGGUUACCGAGAGAAGGAAGUGGAAUUAUCUAUCUUACUGAUCCGCAAUUUCACACUGUUGGUUUGGAGAAAUUUAGUCCCUAUGACUACCAAGAGGUGGGCAUGAAGAAAUUCUGGGAAGAUGUUCAUCCUCGUUGUAAUGACAUGUGUAGAGCUAUUGGGCUGGAAAGGUCGCAGGAGUAAACUCCAUGCUGUUAAAACAACUAGGACACCUCAACCUGGAAACGCGGCUGAGCCUUUCUUGAAUCAUUGAGUUAUUUCAAUAAACCAUUUAUAAGUAAUGACUGGAAACCAUUGAUGUGAAUUAUGUAUUUAGUUGAAUGAAGAAUAUUGUAGUUCAUUUGGUUAGUCAGAAUUGCGAAUAAUACAAAAAUAAAAUUUAAAUAAUAUAUAGUGAAAGAUGCGGUAAAGUCCGUUCUGCGCAUAUAUUCUGCGCAUCAAAACAUUCCAUCAGUGGGGGGGCAACCUUUGGAAUGUCGUUAAUAUUUCGCACCUUCCAAACUUUCUUUAAUUGAAUCUCUAGUCUGUAUUCAUUUGCAAGCAUAACGAACCAGAAAUGUGUAAAAAAUUCAGUAUAAUAUAUAUCUAAUCAUAUAUUACAACUGUAGCACUGAGUUCAAAAUGUAAACAAAGCGUUUGUUUACAUUACGGACUUUACAUUACCUUUAAUAUAAUAUUAUAUAGUAUUUAUAAAUAAUAAAUUUUGUGUCAAAGAAGCCUGAAAAACUGAAGCCUAGGCUUAUAACAUUUAAGCUCCCUUGGAAUUGCCAUGGAAAAUGUUGAGUUUACAAUUUAUACAUAAGAUUAUUUUUAAAAAUAUUUAUUAUAAAUCAUUCAGUUGAGAUCUCUGUGUGUAUUUCAGACAGUAAUAAGUUAACUAAUCAACAAUUUACAGUUUAAGUGCAGUAUAUUUUAGAAGUGGCAUUUUUAAUUGUGAUUGAAACGAUGAAAGAUUAGCUUCUUGUUUUAUAUUGACACUCAAAGAAUUCCAAUAAACAGGACCCUUAUAAUUUAUUGUAUGCGAUUUUAACGUUGGACGACAUUGGUAAAGUCUUGAGGAGUUCUUGUUUCAUAUCAUGAUACAACCAGGCUUUUCCUACCCGACAAUCGUAGAAUUAACUGAUGCAUAACCGACGCAACGAACUGGUCUCCACUUAUAGACACGCUAAUUACUUCCUAUACUUAAAAACUUUAAGUUGACGCUAAUUUUUUCGAGACACUACUUAAUGUACAUGCUAAUUGAUCUGUAUUUAAAG